AAUUAAAGCAAUAUGGCGGACUGACACAACAACUUUUAAUGCGCGACAUUUAGAUUAUUUUGACCGUCGAGCUACAUUUAUUCCGACGAGUUGCGGGACGAGUUGCGGGUCGCGUAGAGAAGCUCGCAAACAGCUGUUUCACCCCGCACAAGUGAUAGUUGAUAGUUAAUUCGGCUUCGCGCGAAUCGAAGGUUCGUUUGGCCUCGGUCCUCGGUCCCGCGACGACCUAUACGGCGCCGAAAUUUAUUUCCGUACUACGAACAUGAGCCCGAUCUUGCGGUUGCGUUAGUAGGAUCCCAGGGGCGAUUCUAUCAUCGAUAGUUGUCCACGCACGGACGGAGGAUGUCUACGCCGAACAAAGGGCGAGGUCCAGGGCGACCGCCAAAACCGAAGAACGUUGUUGCGUGUACUACAGCUCCGUCUAGUACUGGUGCAUGUACGUGGUGCGGAGAGACUAAAUUGCCGUUGAAGUAUGUUCAUCCCACGCAGCACGGCAAGAAGGAGUUCUGUUCGCAAACGUGUCUGUCCGAAUCUCUCAAAACCUAUACACGGAGUGCCUGUCUGCAGUGCGACAACGUGAUCAGAGGUUCGCCUUUCAGACUGGAACAGAAGGAUUGCCCGACGAAGGAUUUCUGCUCUUCACCAUGUUUAAAUGCGUAUCAGAAAAAGGAGACGCAAGCAGAUAUGAAGAAAAACAACAGGGAUCCAUCGUCGCCAUCCCCUGUCCAAUCUCCAGCUCCGUCUGGAUUACCAAGCAACAAUAAUGUACCAUCGACGCAAUCUUACACUACUACAAAUAAUCAUACAACUGUAUCUCACCCGCCGUCAACAUCUACUGGAACAUUUCAGUAUGAAACCUAUCAGACUUUUGAUUGGGAUCUUUAUUUAAGAGAAACAAAUAGCACAGCGGCUCCAACUGAAUGCUUCAAACAGCAUGAAGUUCCACCAACGAAUGAAUUUAAGAUUAAUAUGAAAUUGGAAGCAUUAGAUCCACGAAACUUGACGUCAACUUGUAUCGCCACAGUAGUAGGAGUUCUUGGACCACGGUUGAGAUUAAGAUUAGAUGGUUCUGAUAACAAGAAUGAUUUCUGGCGGUUGGUCGACAGUAACGAGAUACAUCCGAUAGGCUACUGCGAGAAAUCUGGUGGGAUGCUUCAACCGCCAUUAGGCUUUCGGAUGAAUGCCUCCAGUUGGCCAAUGUUCCUCCUAAAAACUUUAAACGGUGCCGAGAUGGCACCGUCAAAAGUAUUCAAACGUGAACCAAAGACACCACGCUCUAAUUUGUUUGAAGUCGGGCAUAAGUUAGAAGCAAUCGAUAAGAAAAACCCACAACUUAUAUGCACUGCGACCGUCGGCGCGGUUAAGGACGACAUGAUACAUAUUACUUUUGAUGGUUGGCGCGGUGCUUUUGAUUACUGGUGUCGUUAUGACUCCCGAGAUAUUUUCCCUGCAGGAUGGUGUUUCAAAAGUGGACACCCAUUGCAGCCACCAAGACAGAAAUCAGGUCCCAACAAGUUUAGGUCUAGGUCCACCAGUAAUGUUUUGUUAGUAAUGGCAGUCUCUGGGAGCAACACUAGUAGAGAACCUGCAGUUGCAUUAGUAAGUCCUGCAGGCUCAAACGCACCACCACAGCUAGCUACGGAACCUGAUACUAGCACAGCCAAUACCAAGCCGCUUGAGAACGUUACACUUUAUGUCAACAAUAAAUGUUACUGUGGGCCAUAUUUUGACUUUCGAAAAGUCAAAGUCAUGCCAGCGCAAUUUGGCACUGGUCCUAUGACAAAUGUUGCAAGAGACAUCUUCCAGGCAUUUUUAAUGGCAGCCAUGAAUCCCAGGCAAAUGUUGAGUUUGCUGAUAAACGGCGAAGGCGAAACCAUAAAUUUGAGUAUGGGAACUCUGAAGAAGCCUGCCACUGUUAGGUUACCUGUUUUCCUGGAGGAGGAAGACUUCUAUACAUACAUAAGGCAGCAACUUGAAGACCUCCGUGCAUGUGAAUACAUGUUAGUCAGAAGGAAAGAACCUUGCAACAAAUGUCCCAAUACACCACCACAACAACAACAACAACAACCGCAAUCCACUGUUAAAGAAGAACUGAUUAUAGGAGAAAAACGAAAAUGGUCAUCGGAAAAUCAACAAAACUUAACGUCAACUGAGCAACAGCAUGUACAACAAACUACUGUACAAAGUACAAACAAUUCUACAGGAUCACCAUCUGCAAGCAAGCAAGCUCGCAAAUCUGUCCCUGAAUUAGAAGCAGCGACGUCUACUACUCAAUCUGAAACUUCUGGAAAUCGCACUCCUCCCGCCGAGCCAGCGGAAUGGACUAUUGAGGAUGUAAUCCAUUAUAUUGCCAUUACAGACCCAGCAUUAGGACAACAUGCAGAUUUAUUCAGGAAACAUGAAAUUGAUGGCAAAGCUCUACUUCUUCUCAAUAGCGACAUGAUGAUGAAGUACAUGGGGCUAAAACUUGGGCCAGCACUUAAGAUUUGCAAUUUGGUAAACCGUAUUAAAGGUAGAAGACAUAUGCUUAUGUGAUUUUCUUAGAUAUGAAUAUCUGUAUAGUGAUCUGAAACAUAGGCAUUUUAUGCAUUUCAACCAGUUAAUCAGACUUAUGUUCACAAUAAUAAAAAUAAAUUAAUAUAUAGGUUGUUGAUAAUGAUGAUAGUGUGAAUACACAUUAACAUUUGAUUCGUUUCUGAAUUCGUAUACCUAUAUUUUAUAUAAUAUCUAUAUAAUUUUAAAGUUUAGAUAAGCAAGAAUCAAAGUUAAGCUUUUCAAACAAAUCAGAACAUUGUUUUAUUAUUUCAGAAGAAGUAUAAAUUCACAUUAAUUAGUUAUAACGCAAGUAUUUUUGUUAAUAAAUUUAUUAUUCCCCUUUAAGUAUUAAAUUAGCCUAAUUCGAUUCCAUGUAUUAGAUAAGCAAUGAUAAACAUAUUAAAUCUAAUAUAGUUCUUACGUACCACACAUACAUAUAUAUAUACAUAAUAUAUAUAUGCUCACAAAAGAUAAUGACAUUUCAUAUACUUGUAAAUAUAGUCAUGUCGUAUGUUAUUUUGCAGUACCAUGAAAUACAUAUAUAUUGUAAACGAGAUAUUUGUCUUGUGAUACUUAUAAGUAACAUUCAUAAUAUCACAGAUUGAAACAUUUUUUAGUACUUUAUUGUUGUUAAUGUACAUGACAUUACUACAAAUAUAUUCAGUUUCCUAUUGUGUACUAUUCGACAUAUUUCGACGUAACUUAAUAAUUUUAAAAGUUUAAAAAAUUUUAUUAAUCCUUUCUUCGUAAAAUAUAAAUAAAUUAUAGAUUUUCGUUACGUUAUAGAUUAUUUAAAUGUAUUUAGACACAUAUACUUUCUAGCAUGAAAAAUUGAUAAAUACAACGUGUUGCUUUUUCUAUUGCGUGAUAUUGUAUCUUUUUUUUUACAUAAGAUAAGCUACCGGUAUUUCGGAAAAUUUUUUUAAAUUAUAAAAUUAGUUAACUAUGUACGACUUAUCAUUGCAUUACUACUGUGAUAUUCUCGAUAACUUGUACAGCAAACUUGUAUAGCAACUUGUCUCUCAUGUUUCGCAUUGCAAUUUGCAAAUAUAUGACAGUUUAUACACAUUACAAGAAGUUACUUUCUCUAUUUUAUUUGUCAUAAUUCAUAAAUUUAUUUCUAUUUUUAUUUCUAAGGUCCAAAAAACGUCGUAUUGUCUCAUUUGUGUAAAAACUACUCUUGCGAAUAUAUAAAGAAAAAUUAAACAUAUGUUAAAAACAUAUGUUCUUUGUAAUAUUUCAACAUAAAAAUUUAUUUUAUGUAUGUAAGAUUUAUCUUUCCUUCUUUUCCUGUGGUAUAUAAUCCUGUAUAUAUAUCCUGCACAUAUAAUUUUCUCAGCACAUAAUAAAAUAUAUUCAAAUGCAACUAAUUGUAAGUUUAACACACACACACAUUGUAACUAUAUAAUUUAUUUUAAAUUAUACAAGUAUUAUGAGAAAUUGUUUUUCGAUUGCCGAUAAAUCCAACAAUCUUU